AUGGCAAUUGAGCAAGAGGCGCCCGAGGAAGUUGGCGCCACAAUCCGAUACAACCUCUCCGAAAGCGCCGUCGCGGACCAGACGCUGUCGUCACUGGCUAUUUCAAUCCCCGAACAUCUCGUCCUGACCUACACCGAGCACCUUGGCAGCAGCAAGCUCCGAAGCCUGAUUGCGGCGGGCACCACCACCACCAUCACACCCGACAACAUCUUGGUCACGGCGGGGGCCUCGACGUCGCUUUUCAUUGUGGCGACGGCGCUGCUGACGGGCGCAAGCGACCACGUCGUCAUCACGCGGCCCAACUACGCUACAAACCUCGAGACGCCGCGUGCCAUCGGGUGCGACGCCAGCAUUGUGGAUCUGGAGUUUUCGGAGCGGUUCCGGCUCGACGUCGCGCAGGUGGCGGCCGCCAUCCGGCCGGACGGCACCACCAAGUUGAUCAGCAUCUGCUCGCCCAACAACCCCACGGGCACCCUGUGCGACGCGGCACAGCUGCAGGCGCUGGCAAAGCUCGCGCGGGAGAGGGGGUGCUAUCUGCUGGUGGACGAGACGUAUGCAGAUCUGACCUAUCGCGACGACGGCCAGCCCAUCCCCGCAGCCGCAUCCCUGGGCGACCACGUCGUCGGCGUCUCGUCCAUGUCCAAGGUCUACGGCGUGCCGGGCAUUCGGGUCGGGUGGCUGUCGACGACCAACAAGGCGCUGAUGGAAACGUUCUUGGCGGCCAAGGAGCAGAUCAGCAUCAGCGGCAGCGUGUUGGACGAGCUUGUCGCCGAGCAGAUCCUCGCGCGCCGGCAGGAGCUGUUGCGCAAGACGCGCGUUGAGAUGCGCCGCCGCCGCGCCCGCGUCGCGGCGUGGGUCGAUUCCGAAGCCGAGUUGCUGGAUUGGGUGCCCCCCGAGGCUGGCGUCAUGUGCUUCAUCCGUAUGCGGAAGGUCCCCGUUGGCGGGACCGCAGAGUUUUACCGGAGGCUGCUGGACGAACACGGUGCAUAUGUAGGGCCUGGCAGGUGGUUUGAGCGCGACGACACCUACUUCCGGCUGGGAUUCGGGUGGCCGACCGAGGAUGACUUGGAAGCUGGGCUGAAAGCCAUCUCUAAGGCUCUGCGGGGAUAG